GAAGCUCUGAGGUGACAGAUGAAGAGUAAAACAAUGAACCAGAUAACACUGUUUGUUCAGGUAAUAGCUGUGUAUUACGCAAUCCCAAGUCACGCAGAAGUUCGUGCGACAUGUGACCAAAAUGUUGACGUAGACUGCCCAUGUCGCGACAGCCCCAAGUUUUUGGGGCUGAGAUGGUAUAAGAUGAGUGGCGAAACCAGAUAUGCUAUUAUCAGCACCAGUGACAAUGAGAAUGAGAAGUCCAAUUUUCACCGUCCAGCCAUGUUUGGAGAGAGGAACAGUCUGCAUCUGCCAAGAGUAACCCCGCAGGAUUCCGGCACCUAUAAAUGUAUCAUCCGUGCAGGCAUAAAUCGUCAAAACAAAGAAUGUACGGUCAACCUUCUGGUUCAUGCGUGCACACCAACACCAAGGCUAAAUGUGUCGAACACACAUGUUAACUCCAGCAAACAUGUCGAGGACCUGCCAGUCAUGUGGAGCGUUCUGGGUUACUUGUCAGUGAGCUUGGUCAAAGUGCUUUUAUCAUGCGCCACCAUUUUGGUAAAUAUUUUCCAUGUAUUCAGUAUAGCACACUCUUGUCAGCAUUUACCAUGGAAGCAUUUUACUAACCCACAUGUUGCUUUAGAAACUGUGUGGGCUUCUGUACAGCUUCUUAUGCUGAUUUUCUCUUUUCCACUUCAGGUUAUACGAGCUUGUCAUACCAGAGUUUCAAGAUCAGUGCAACAAAACUAGUGAGGUUUUCAGUCAGCUUGAUUGGAGAUAGUCCACAUCAUAUCUCAAGUUUGAUCCCGUUGUCUUCAAUUGUUUGUAGAGAGUGUUAUGUGUGUUUGUAAAUGGGUGUAGUUCUUUUGAGGAUGUGAAGAUAGGUAAAUGAAACUGGCGUAACGGAAUGGAAGUUUCAGUUUCAUUUACCGGACUCAGAAUACCACCACAACUCAAUAAUAAAUAU